CUCAGUCAGACACACUUCUGCUCCCAUCCCAAGCAGAGCAUCAUGAUUUUCCACAAACUUUUUGAAUCUUUGGACUUAACCAGUUGGUUGUUGGUCUGUUUUGUGGUCUUGAUUUUGAUAGAUUUGGUCAAGUACCGAAGACCUCACAACUUCCCACCAGGUCCGACGCCUCUUCCAAUUGUGGGAAACCUUUUUACAAGAUCUGACUUCAAAAAUAUCAAUAAGCUCUCUCACCACUAUGGCUCGGUCUUCAGCAUGAGGAGAGGAAGCACCUGGACAAUUUAUGUCUCAGGAUACAAUAUGGUGAAAGAGGCUCUUGUCAACCAACUGGACAGCUUUGUCGAUCGCCCCGUUGUCCCUCUCUUCCAUGUUGUUUUCAAAGGGAUCGGCAUUGGUUUGGGCAACGGCUAUUCAUGGAAGAUGCAUCGGAAGUUCACAGUCACUUUCCUGCGUCAUUAUGGUGAAGUUCAAAAGACUUAUGAGAGAAGCACUGAAGUGGAGAGCAACUUCCUUUGUGAGGCUUUUAAAGAAGAGCAAGGGAAGCCAUUCAACCCCCACUACACUGUAACAAGUGCCGUGGCCAACAUUGUCACAUCCUUGGUCUUUGGACGUCGGUAUGAAUACAGUGACGUCACGUAUCGUAGGAUUCUGAAGCUGGAUUACGACGCGGUUGUGCUCGCAGGCUCGCCUGUCACACAGCUGUAUGACGUCUUCCCCAGUGUGUUCAAGUACCUGCCUGGACCUCACCAGACUGUGCUCAGCAACUACAGACAGAUAGUGAAGUUCGUGGAGAUGCAGGUGGAAAAACAUCUGGAAGACUGGAAUCCUGACAAUCCCAGAGACUUUAUUGACGCUUAUGUAGCAGAAAUGAAAAAGAAGAAGGAAGACCCGCUGGCUGAGUUCAACCUCGAAAGUCUGGGCGUUGUCGUCUUGGAUCUGAUCGAAGGCGGGACGGAGACAGUGGCCACUGCCUUCCGCUGGUCACUUCUUUUCAUGAUGCUCUUCCCAGAAAUACAGAAAAAAGUCCAAGAAGAAAUUGACCGGGUUGUCGGACAGUCUCGUAUGCCCACCAUGGUAGACAAACCCAACAUGCCAUACACUGAAGCUACCAUCCACGAGUGCCUGAGGGUGGCCAAUAUACUUCCACUUGGAUUCCCGAAAAUGGCCAGUAAAGACACAACGCUCGCCGGCUUCUCCAUUCCCAAGGGCACACCGAUCGUUGCCAGCCUCUCAUCGGUGCUUUUUGAUGAGGCUGAGUGGGAGUCACCGGCCAGCUUCAGACCAGAGCGUUUCUUGGAUUCAGAGGGACGCUUCAACCGAAAAAAUGCUUUCCUUGCAUUUUCUGCAGGUAAACGCGUCUGCAUUGGGGAGACUUUGGCCAAAAUCGAGCUGUUUGUCUUCUUGACCUCUCUACUUCAACGCUUCACUUUGACUCAAGUUCCUGGAGAAGAGCUGACAAUGGAGGGCAUCCUGGGAUUCACGUAUUCCCCACAGGACCACCGGAUCAUGGCCAUACCACGCUAACUCGUGCAUUGACAACAUUAACAUUACAUUGGAUUGUUGGCUCUGCUUUAAUAACAGCAUUUUUCUGUACCAUGACAAGAUCAUCAUAUUACAAGACUGCAUGUUACUGAAUCAUUUAUCAACGGUUGUGAUGCCGCAAUAGAUACAGCGUGGAUGCACUAAAUUUCAUGGUGGCUCAGGGGACCAGACCCAAGUGCUAAAUCGUUGACAGGGAACAAUCCAAAUUUAUCAAUCACACAGGAAACAAGGGCUCGAGACGAAAAACUUUACCGGUGGACGCCAAGUAACCAUCUGGCAACACAGUCUGGAACCAAGGUGUUGAAAUCAGCAAAGCUUGAUUGCAGGAUUGGUCCCAGCUGUGUUGCUGUGAAGCUGGAGGGGGGGUGACAAACGGAGGACAGGAAAGAGAAAAACACACAACCAGGAAAUGCCAAAGUAAAAGUACAGAUAUAGAAACAUGACAAUUAAACUUUCACUACAUAUUUUGAACAUAGGAGAUUUUGAAAUCAACAUUGAAAUCGCUCCAUUUUCCAAGCCAGUUUAAUGACUUACAGUCGUUGGAUUUACCCUAUAAGUUGCGCAAAUUUUGCGCACUGCUCAUAUGGUCUCCGCAUGGAAAAAUCACAGCAAAUGUGCGUAUGCACUGAGCCAAAAGGUCGGAAAAGAUGAUACAUGCGGCAGAGUUAUGCACAGGAGUGUGAGAGAGACGACCAUGGCUCAAUGUGAAUUAUGCAAAUUCCCAUCACUGUUUGAAACGUUUCUAAACUGUUGACUGAGCACACAGUGGUCCAAGGUAUUGCUGAAGGAGUUUAGCGGGAACAUUGGUCAUGACGGAUUCACAUGAACCGAAGACCAAUGGCGUUGUCCCAGGAGAAAAAGGUUCUUUGUUGUGUAUGAUUUAAAAACAGAAGAUUAAAAGCCUUGCUUUGUAUUUACAC